CCGCUCCCGACUGUCGCCCCCGCCGCCGCAGGGGGGACGGGUUUCUCUGGCCUGCCAACUCUGCUGCUCUGGAGGAUUCGUGCGUGCUCCAGUCCCCACUGUGACAGUCACAGGAUCCGCAGCGACGAGUGCGCGCGCGUGGUGUGAAGUGUUGUGCACAGUCCCACACCUGUUUAUUGGCUCCGCCCCGCAGCUUGUGUUGAAGGGAUGUCGUGACAGGAACUGAGACUGAUAAACAUCUGAUGAAGCCAUGACCAGGUGGGCACGAGUUACUACCACACAGAACAAAAGACCCUUCCCUGCAACAUCAUGGGAGGACAUGAAGAAGGGGUCCUUUGAGGGAAAAAGCCAAAACCUACCAAAGAGUAAACAACUUGAAGCUGAUAGUCUGUCCCUUAAAAAUCAUGCAUCCCAAGCAAAACACAAAAAGAAUAAAAAGAAAAAGGAGUAUUUAAAUGAAGAUGUGAACGGAUUCAUGGAAUAUCUAAGGCAAAACUCACAGAUGGUUCGCAAUGGGGAGAUGAUAGCAGCAGACAGUCAGGAAGUCAGGGAAGAAAUUGCAGUUGCUUUAAAGAAAGAUAGUCGCCGGGAAGGAAGACGAUUAAAAAGACAAGCAGCAAAGAAAAGUGCAAUGGUAUGUUUCCAUUGUAGAAAACCUGGCCAUGGGAUUGCAGAUUGCCCAGCUGCCCUUGAGAAUCAAGAAAUGGGCACUGGAAUAUGUUACCGGUGUGGAUCCACAGAGCAUGAAAUAACCAAGUGCAAGGCUAAAGUAGACCCAGCUUUUGGUGAAUUUCCUUUUGCAAAAUGUUUUGUUUGUGGGGAAAUGGGACAUCUGUCCAGAUCCUGUCCUGAUAAUCCCAAAGGACUCUAUGCUGAUGGUGGUUGCUGCAGACUUUGUGGCUCUGUGGAACAUUUUAAGAAAGAUUGCCCCGGAAGUCAGAAUUCAGAUCGAAUGGUCACGGUUGGUCGCUGGGCAAAGGGAAUGAGUGCGGACUAUGAAGACAUUUUGGAUGUGCCUAAACCACAGAAACCCAAAACAAAGAUACCUAAAGUUGUUAAUUUUUGAUGAUUAGUGCUAUCGUUUGUUAGCACCUCAUUGUUAAACAUUCUGAACUGGGCCUACUUCAUAAGUUGGAGCUGGACUCUCCGUUGGAGUCCUGUAUUGUAGAUAUCAGUAUAAUCUAGGUGUGGUCAAAGCAGUUCCUGAGUUCUGUCCAUCAAGGAGCACUUCUACCAUUGUUUGGAGAAAAUCACUGAAAAAAAGUAUAAUGUGUUCAAAAUGGAUUUUCUAAAGAAUAUAUUUUUAACCAACAGAACUUAGGUGUAACUCAGUGGUUAUAUACCUGAUUGUAGCAAUCAUCUUUUUCUAAAAACAAGAUUAUGCAUUAAUAUGAACUAUCCCUAAACAUAGGGUACCUGCUUUGCAUUUGGAAAUGAAUUUUUGUUAUAUUGUUUUCUUGGUUCAAAGUAUCAGUUUAUUAUUAUAUUAGAAAUUAAUUUAUAAUUGCCACAAAAUCUGUAUUUUAAAAAUAUUUAAUA